GUCUUUAGUCGUAUUCCCGUAGUCGUCCGCACUCCUCUUCAAUAACUGAAUGCGGGAUCUUAUCCGUACGUCGUGAUAUGUGGUUCGUCACAGAAACACUGUACAAUGAGCCAAGAAGAAACGUAUACGAAGCUCAGUGAAGCAAUAGGUACUGAAGGACAAGACUACGAAGUUGCUGCCCUUACAUUCGUCUAUGUGUGGUGUUUCAAUCACCAACUGAAAUUCCGCCUAGCCACAAACCUCCAGCACGCAGUCCCGUUUGACGACAUAGUUCUGCUUCUGUACAACGGAAGAGAAGAUGCCUGGAACAGCGACGACUACCCGAGGACCAAAAGCGCACUUCUGCUGCUGCAGAUGACAUACAAGCGGAACUACAGGCCCACCCGAUCGGACAUGUUGGGCAUUGGGCCUAGGAGGCCUAACGAUAAACUGGCGGUGAAGAACUGCUUUGAAUCGUAUUCGAAAAUGGAUCUGAACAAAGUCAAAGCAGAAUUAGGAGAAACAGAUAAAGAUUUGAAUAUUCUGUUUGGGCUAUGCACUAACUCGUCACUGGAUGGGCAUGUCUUAGGAUCAUCACAGAAAAUAAUACCGAACGAUCUCUCCCAACAACUGGGCUCGUCAGAAGCGUUUUCAAUCGACGACACUGACUUAACGCCUGAAAAAGAUCGACUGGACUGGAUGAAGAGUCAGAAGGCGCAGAAAUUCCUCCAAAGUUUCAGGUUUUUCCAUGGACGCUCGGCAGAAGACUUCGACAAGCAGUCUGCAGAUCAACUGGAACAGCUUUUCGGCCCCGAUGCCCGUCCUCUGUUCUCCGACUUAAAACAGAGUAUCAGGACUUGGUGGAGUUGCAGGGAAAAAAAUGUGGAAUUUCUUACCUGGUCCUGCGGCCCUAUGGGAAAAAUCUGUGAACAUAUCUUACGCGCCACAUGCGAUGACUAUUUGCGUCACUGCAGCGCCUCGUGGGUGGCCUUCAGCGAGGAAUGCAUUGAAAAAUGCCGCAAACAAUUGAAGGGCUGUGUGGAGCAGAUGACAUUCUUCGCCGAUGAAGGAGCUUCCGCUCUAACUGCGUUCAAAGUACACCAGGCGCUGUCAGCUUUGCGCCAUCCGCACAUCAUCGGAAGCGUGGCGACACUGCAGAGCCACCAGGUGACGGUCGUCCAGUUGUGUCGCUGGGUCUGCAACUGGAUUGUGGUCGUGGAGGAGCCUGGACAGGACGCGCGCCCGCUGCUGGACCGGCUGUUGGAGCUCGCAGAGGACUGCUCCCUGGUGGUGGUGCUGGUGACGGAGCGUCGGCUGCAGGGCGCCAUUGUCGACAGUUGCGUGGCUGCCGACCUGGCGCCGCGCACGCUACAGGAGCUGCCACAGAUCGCGGUGCGGCUUCAGGGCAACGAGUACUGUGCCACGCUGGGUGACCUGCUGCCUGACACUGCCUCGCUCGGCGAGGUACUGGAGGGACAUGGCCAGCGGCUGAUGUGGCUAGUGGCAUGCGCUCUCCGCCGUGAGCCACUACGCCUCGGCCUCCCAAUCCCGCCUGUGGAUGACUGGUACGUCCGCAGGUCGCUAGUCUCUAACAGACUCCUCGGUGGGGAGACAUUUCUCCGGUCCCUGGGUCAGUCUGACAUCUGCCUAACUAACGACUCGUCGGCAGACCAAAUUUGUCGUAUCCUUCCUCACUGUCAUCCUAUUCGCUUCCAGGAUGCUACAGACGUUGCACCAUACACCGAGUGGCCUCUGAUACUUAUCGGUGGCAAUUCACGUACUGUUUCAGAGAAGUUCUUUGGCUGUAAUGUAUAUGAGUUAGUACAUACAUCAGUUGGCUGGGAGUUACUACACAGCAGUAAGGGAAUUUCGGUCAUUAGGAAUUACCUCGUAAACGAAGAGAAGUUGGAAGUAGGCGAGGAAACCCACAGAAAAAUACUACUGAACUUUAUGGAUAUAGCAGACAAGGUGGUUAUUAUUGAAGGUAAACCUGGAGUGGGAAAGUCGUCACUACUAAGUAGCAUCGCGAUAGAGAUUAAAGAAAAAGAUCCUAAAACAUGGGUUCUCAGGUUCAACCUUCUGAGGUACGCUAGCCUCCUGAAGCAGUCUCAGAACAGUACAGAAGCCGUUGCAGCAUUGGUGAAGGAUGCUCUCUCUGAAGCCCCCUUAACAUCACCUGAAAUAAUUCAACAACAAAGCCAUCUAGAGCUGGCAAUCCUAAAACAAUGCCUCAAGCAUACAUCGAACGUCGUCAUUCUCGUUGAUGGAUUUGACGAAAUCUCACCCGAUUACACGGAGAAAUGCUUCGCUAUUAUUCAGUCGCUAAUUUCUCGGUGCAGACUUCUUUGUGUGACCACCCGGCCGACAAUGGCGAAGGAACUCGAGGAUGUGCUAGGAGUCGUGGCGUACACAUUGGAGGAGUAUUCUGAUCAGGAGCUCCAGACAUUCUUCUUGAACUACAAAAAAAUGGGAUUUGUGAAGGACUUCCUCUCUGCAGCGGAACUGAAUGAACAACUCAGGAGCAUCUUGAGAAUACCAUUAUUCGCCAAAGUAUUUGCAGAUCUCAUUGCGAGGGGUAAACAAGAAAGACACGACCCAGUGACACUCUUUGAGGAGUUUUUCGAGAUGAAGUACCAACGACUGUUCGAGGAGAAAUAUUCAGCUAACCUCUCGGUCCCGGGUGCAACCGCUGAAAUGGAAUACAACCGUGGCGUCUACAUGAACGAGUUAAUGCAGUUGGCACUGAUUUCACUUCUUAAUGAUCUAUCAGGUGAUCCCAGCGUGCCAACAUUCAGAGUCAGGCUGAACUACUUUCUUAAACCUGGAAUUGUAUUUGAUUUUGUAAACGAGAAACCGGUCUUUCUUCACAGGACGUUCGCCGAGUUCUUCCUGGCCAAAUGGUGUGUCAACAACAUUGACAGUUGUGGAACAGUAUUCCGAGUUUCAUUUCUGGAUUACAAGCUGGAGUUCUUUGUAGAGUGUUUUAGUCGAAUGGCGUGCCGGGGAAAGAUGCUCCACGAAGCUGUCAUCAACAACAACAAGGAAACCGUAACAGAAUUAUUAUCUUCUGCUGAUACAUUACAGACAGAAGCAGACGUCACGGGCCGAAAUGCCUUACACUUGGCUGUUAUACAUGACAGAUGGAAAAUUGCGCGAUUAAUUGCAGGUACAGGCGUCGGUCUGCUGAUGGUGAAAGAUCGUGUACUACGCUGGACGCCACUGGAGUACGCGCAAGCUGCGCAGCGCUGGGGCAUCGUUGGAAUACUGCUGCAAGCUGGGGUUCCAUCUGAAGAUCUCGCCCAGGGUGAAGUGAAGUUCAGCACUCGCGACACCUCCCAACUGGAGCACAUUUUCCGUACCUCGGGCUAUCCUGCACUCCUGGACGCAAUACUCGAUGGGGCUACGUCGGCAACUCCUGAAGCACAAUUCAAGGUGGCAGUUUCCCUCAUCACUGUCCAGUUCCAAACUAGCUGCCACAGUCCAAACGGAAGAACGCUUUUACAAUGUGCGCUGGAGCAUGAUCACAGAGAGGUAGUGAGGACCUUGGUGAUCGGUGGAGCUGACGCUAUGGCGACCGACAGCGAUGGGCGCACCGCGCUGCACGUCGCAGUGGAGAAGGGGGACGCGGCCCUCGUCGCACUGCUGCUGGAGGUGGCCGCUGGACGCGACGACGUCGACCUGGACUGGCAGGCGCUGCUCCGCAGGGCGGCCGACAAGCAACACCUCCGGGUAGUCGAACGUCUAGCAGCAGCGAAGCUACAAGGUCCACGGCGCUCAGGGUGGACGUACCUCCACUGGGCCGCAGCUUCUGAGGACAUCUUGGUCCUACGUGCACUGUUGGAUGCUGGAGCAGAAGUUGAUGCGCAGGACACAGAAGAGUCAACAGCACUGCAUGUUGCUGCAGCCUACAACAAAGUUGAAGCUGUGAGGCUACUACUGCAACAUGGCUGCAAUGCGGAUAUCGAAGAUUACAGAGGAGAUACACCACUUGCUGUAGCCGCCAGAGAGAAGCAUUUCGAAAUUGUGGAAGCAAUGGCCGCAUCAAACCUGCGAAGUCCGCGGAAUGACGGCUGGACAUGUCUGCAGUGGGCUGCUGCCUGUGGAAGUACCAAGAUGCUGAAAGUGCUGGCGUCAACCGGCGGCGACAUAUUUACAGCGGAUGUCGAAGGCUGCACGCCUCUCCAUCUUGCUGCCAAGAAUGGCCACGAAGAGGCCGUGAAGCUGCUGCUUCAACUUGGGGCCGAAGUGCGACUCGAGGACUGCCACGGACAUACUUCUCUCGCUCUAGCUUGCAUGGCAAAACACGAAAAGGUGGUGAACUGUCUGGCAGAAGCAGCAUUGCGCAAAUCCCUUCACGAUGGAUGGAGUUACCUGCAUCUCGCCGCUGAGUCAGGAGACAAGCAGGUGCUGAGAGACCUGCUGUGCGGCUUUGCGGACCCGACUGCCACGGACGACUGUGGCUGCAGCCCGCUCCACACGGCGGCGGCCACGGGGCAGCUGGAGUGCGCUGCUCUGCUGGUGGACGCCGGGGCAAGCCUCGAGGCAAGGAACAACCAAGGCGGGACGCCACUGCUCAUGGCAGCCACUCAAGGAAGGGACACGGUGCUGAGGGAGCUCCUCGCUCGGGGAGCGGAUGCGACGGCGUCGGACAGCUACGGGAGGACGGCGCUGCACCUGGCGGCCGAGGGGAACCACGCGGAGUGCGCCAGGGCGCUGCUAGAGGUGCUGAAGAGGGGCGACCGCGAGCGCGCCACCCAGGGGGGCGCGACCGCCCUGCUGGCGGCGGCGGCGGCCGGCAACCGCGCGGUGUUGCUAGAACUGUGCAAAGGUGGCUGCAACUUGUCAGCGAGGGAUGCAGAGGGCUCGCCGGCCCUACAUAUCGCUGUCGCCAAGGGCCAUGUGGACUGUGCCAAAGUCCUUUUGGAGGAGGGGGCUAAAGCUGAAGAGAAAGACGCCGCGGGACUCACGGCCAUUGUGCUAGCGGCCAAACAAUGUCAACCAAAAAUAAUAAACGAGCUACUUGGAAGUGUGUUAGCUCCGCGGGGACAAAACUGGAGCACAAUUCACUGGGCAGCCUACGUUGGGGAUCACAAGUGGGUGGAGUCGGUACUGGCGGAACAAAGAGAAGCGAGAGCGCCGGGAGGUCUGUCGGCGCUGCACGUGGCGGCGGCUGUGGGGCACCCCGAGGUGGUGCAGCUGCUCAGCCGGGGCCUCGCGGUGCACGGCCACGACGCCUGCGGCUGGACGCCGCUGCUCUACGCCGCCGCCUGCGCGGAUGCCGGCCGCCGCCGGCCCACGGUGCUGGCGCUGCUGGCAGCGGGCGCCGACGCCGGCUACGAGGCGCCCUCUGGCGACUCGGCGCUCUCCCUCGCGGCGCUGGCCCGGCGUCUGGACGUGGUGAUAGAUCUCGCCGAGCCAAUGUUGCUGUACAAGCCUCAGAAUGGCUGGACCUACUUACACUGGGCCAUCCACUCCAGAAACGUCCAGGUAAUCAAAGCGCUGAUCGCCGCUGGCCACAAGGUGUCGAUCAAAGACAAACAGGGCUCGACAGCUCUGCACCUCGCAGCAGAAGAAUUCUAUGUAGAAGGUGCGCGUAUCUUGCUGGAAGCUGGAGCCAAAAUCGAAAAAAAGGACCAAUCGGGUCACACGGCGCUCGUACUUGCUGCGCAUAGAGGGCAGGGAGAGAUGAUGCUGUUUCUUCUGGAUGCUGGUGCUGAUCCGUCUGCGGUAUCAGUGCUCGGCUAUAAGCCACUUCACACUGCAGUACUCACUGGAGAUGAAAAACAAGUGAAAUCUCUUUUGAAGAAGGGCUUAAAUAUCAACGAUACGACCGAACAGGGCUUUACACCAAUGAUGAUAGCGGCAUGUAUUCGAAACCUCAAGAUGGUAAAGUGCCUAAUGGGUCAUAAACCAGAUCUUAAGGAAACUAAUUUCAUUAGUUGGACGGCAUUACAUUAUGCAGCCCGUAAUGGACCACCAGAGGUGGUGAAGUACCUUAUAGACCAAGGAGCAGACGUUAAUGUUCGAGACUUGAACGGCUGGAAACCAAUACACGUGGCAGCUCGUUAUUCAGAUGAUGAGGUGGUCGCUGCCCUUUUGAGUGGUGGGGCUGACCGCACGGAGACGCUGCCCCACGUAGCGUCGCCGCUGAGACUGGCGGUGGUGGCGGCGCAGCCGCGGUCCUUGACCCGGCUGCUCGCCGCGGGCGCCGGGCCCGCCGACGGCUGCCUGCUGGCGCUGGCCACCAGCGACGACUGCAACGACGUCGACGACGCGGCCAGGCCCGAGGUGGCGCGCAUCCUGCUGGCUGCUGGCGCGCGCGCCGACCCUGCCACCGCGCAGGAGGCGCGCAAGCGCGGGUUCGCGCUCCUCGCCGCUACCAUAGAGGCGGCUGCCCGCUGACGCCACGGCUCAGACCGUCGAUCGGUGGCUCCCAAAGUUCCUGACAGCGUUACGCCUGAGUCCAGUCACGUAUUAGCUACUACCGCCCCGCUCCUACCAUAAUCAACAUUAGUACCUAACACAAAGUUAGAAUGAAACAAUGUUCUUUGAAUACUUUUAAUGUUAAGGCUAUGUAAGAUAAAUGAUAUUUACUUUUUGUAAGUAUGUUAUUAAACCA